AUGCCUACCGCUAGGGUUGACAUGACACCUCCGAGGGAAGCCCAACUGCCCGUUGUCCUUGUAAUUUGGAGCUGUAACUUAUGGCUGGGACACUUACAGUUAGUACACUCAGGAUUUAGACAGACCAUGAGCAUGACUGAACUCGCCUUGGAGUCCAUGGCGAAUAAAUUCGUCACUGCGAAAGAGUUUGAGGAGGUUGAAGCUCGGAUGAAGUCGAUCCGGGAAGUCACUGUGAGAGACUUCAGUAACCUGCAAGAAAAACGAGAGGCUCAGGAAGAGCUCAAGUUUCUGGCAAGCCCAUAACAUUGGCACUGGAUUCCGCCAAAAGGUCAAACUCUGCUGUCCUGGUUGCGAGGGCAACUCCCUGGUUAUGUAUUCAAU